GAGCAACGCACCUCCUGAACCAGUUGCGGGAGCUGAGGAAAAACAACCUUGACCUCCAUUGCGAGUUUCAGGAUUUCAAGCUCAACCGGACAGACCGAAAGGAAGCAUGCUGUCCCAAAGGCUGGGAUGCCUUUCGGAAAAGCUGCUACUGGGAAAACCGGGAGCCGAAAUCGUGGCAGGAGGCCAAAACUGAGUGCGAAAGCUACGACGCUCACCUGGUGAUCAUCAGCUCCUACGAGGAGCAGCAAUUCGUGCAAGUCCGUGCCAGGCCAAACUUUAUGUGGAUCGGACUGACGGACAGCAGCGGCAGCUGGAAGUGGGUGGACGGCUCGUCCUACACGGUGGUCUCACGGGACUGGUGCCCAGAACAGCCGGACAACUGGUACGGCCACGAACUGGGAGGCGGAGAGGACUGUGCCCACCUUCACCGCAACGGCUGCUGGAACGAUGACCACUGCAGCCGCCUUUAUGGCUCCGUCUGCGAGAUGGAGAUGGAUAUGUAAAGGGGGGGGUGCUGGAGGAGGAAGACCACCGACCCAGCAUUGUCCCCCUGUCCCCCCCAAAGUGGACAAUCCACCAUCUUGGGUUUGGACUGAAUGCUGGUUUGAUGCCUUGAUUCGCACUCAAAAUGGUCGCUUGCUUCCAUCUUGAAACCGGGGCCUGUGUGAACUUCCGGCCUUUGAUGGCCUCCCUUGUUCCUCCUCCCUUCCUCGCUCUGGGUCCAAACUUGACAGGUAGUCCUCGACCCUUACGACCCUCUUUGGUUUAGUGACGGUUCGAAGUUACGACGAUGCUAAAGAAAGGGCUUGAUCCAAAUUGGAAAGGCUUGGCAACUGGCAUGGACUCAUGCCUGUUUGUAGACUCCCCACUUUUAGGGGAACCUUCUUGACAAGCCAGGGGAAGCCGGAUUCACUUUGCGACUCGCUGAACGACAGCAGGGAUUAGCUCAGCAACGGCAGCCAGGAACGUCAUUCUUUCCUGGAGCAAAAGCUCACUUAGCAACUGUCUCACUUAACAACCGAAAUGUUGGGCCAAAUUGGAGCCAUGAGGUAGUCCUCAACUUACGACAAACAUGGAGCCCAGAAUUUCCAUUUUUAAGUCAGGGCAGUCUUAAAUCAAAGGCAGGCAUCAUGACCGGAUCCAAUUUGAUACCUUCUUUUUUGUGAAUGUGUAUGUGUGUGAGACGGUCAUUAAGUGAGCACCAUAAGGAAAUCGGAUGUAUUCCUAUGUGCAUUUUUGGAAACAGGGAAAACUAUAUCACCAAAACCAAUAAAUAAAUAAAAGUCGGGUGACCGCAGAACUUCAGAAUUGGGACACAAGUAGAUUUUGGGGUGGUCCGUCGUAAGUCUGAACAGUCGCUCGUUGGUCGUAAGUCGAGGAUUACCUGCCUGCUUUGACUGCACACUUACCGGAAGAGGACAACGGUCAGAGGUACGAGUUAAAUUUGACCUCUUCCUCUGCUAUGAGGGAGAAUUUUGUUCGAUGUGUGUAUCAUAGAUGUAAAACGUGCAUUAAAGGAUACUAUCA